AUGUCCGGAGGAGUUACGCCCGUUGCUGUCUAUGCCCUCCGGGUUCCCGCUGGCGGAGCUUUGAUCCCCGCGGUCCCUCCUCAGGCUGCCGCCAUGUUCCGUGUCAGCAUGGCUGCCAUUGACCCCGAUGAGGCUCCCGAGUACGAGGACGGCUUCGACUCCAACAAGCGCCCCCGUGCUACCCUGAAGCUCGUGCGCGCCCCUCCCGGUCUUGACCUCGAGGAUGAGGAGGACGAUGAGGACUGGGAAGACGACUCCGAUGAGGAGGACUCCGAUGAGGAGGAGGUCAACGGCGGUCCCAGCGACAAGGAGAAGGCCCGCAAGCUUAAGCUGGCUGCUGCUCGCAAGGAGCUUGAGGAUGCUAUGGACGAGGACGAUGAGGACGACGAGGAGGGAAGCGAGUUCGACCUGAAGGCCGCCAUCUCCAAGCUGAUCAAGGGCAAGGGCCCCGCUACCGAUGAUGAGUCCGAUGACGAUUCCGAGGAGGGUCUGGAGCUCGACGAGACCGUCAUCUGUACCCUGGAUCCCGAGAAGAACUGCCAGCAGCCUCUGGACAUCACCGUUGCCGACGAUGAGCGCGUGUUCUUCAAGGUGACCGGUACUCACACUAUCUACUUGACCGGUAACUACGUCAUGCCCAUCGACGACCACGACCACGACCAUGAUGACGAGGAGUCGGACGAGGAGGACUACGACCUCUCUCCCGAUGAGGAUGAGCUGGACCUCGACGAGCUGAUGGGCGAGGAUGACGAGAGCGACGACCUGGACGACCUGGAGGACCCCCGCAUCACCGAGGUCGACAGCGAGGAGGAGGAAGCCCCCAAGCUCGUGCAGACCAAGGCCAACAAGAAGCGUGCCGCCGAGCCCGAGGAGCCCAAGCCUGCCGCCAACGGUGAGCCGGCUCUGAGCAAGAAGCAGCAGAAGAAGCUCAAGAAGAACAACGGCGAGGCCGCCCCCGUCGAGGAGAAGAAGGAGGCCAAGGAAGCCAAGGAGGCCAAGGAGGGUAAGGAGGCCAAGAAGGUCCAGUUCGCCAAGAACCUCGAGCAGGGCCCUACUGGUUCCACCCAGAAGCCCGCUGAGAAGACCACCGGCACCCUCGGUGUCAAGGAGAUCAAGGGCGUGAAGAUCGACGACAAGAAGCUCGGCCAGGGUGUUGCUGCCAAGGCUGGCAACACCGUUGCCAUGCGCUACAUCGGUAAGCUCGAGGAUGGCAAGGUUUUCGAUGCCAACAAGAAGGGCAAGCCUUUCACCUUCAAGCUCGGCAAGGGCGAGGUCAUCAAGGGUUGGGACAUCGGUGUCGCCGGCAUGGCCGUCGGUGGUGAGCGCCGCAUCAGCAUCCCCCCUCACCUGGCCUACGGCAAGCGCGCUCUUCCCGGCAUCCCCGCCAACUCGAAGCUGAUCUUCGACGUCAAGCUCCUCGAGAUUAAAUAG